UUAUCCAUGAUAUCUAGAGUUAACUAUGGUGAUGUCACGCUUGACCUUGUGCCGAAGCGAAUUUAUAAAUUAAAAAAUAAUUAUAAGUACAGUGUAUAAAUUUCCCUUGCCUUGUGCCGCACUCGACGUAACAUCCUCAGAGCAAACCAAGCGGCCGCCAUUUAAUUUGCCACACAAAAGUUUGUCUGCAUAACACCGGCCGUACUUAAAACUUAUUUCAGGGGAAAGUGGGGAGUGUCUUUACCUAAUAAGAAAUACUGAGUUAAGGUUUCACAGGCACAUAUCGACGAAGAAUGUCGAUGCCAAUGACUAACAUAAAUAAGGGCGGAUAUGUACCGCCGGGAUUUGGAGCUGGAUAUCCAUCAGUAGGAACAGCCCCCAACGUGGCACAAGCCGACGGUUAUCAGCCUUCAGCACCAGGUGCAUAUGGCUUUGCACCGGGACCACCGCAGAGCGGAUACACACCCGUGCCACAAAUGCUGCCCUAUGGUGAAGCGCCUCCAAAUUAUGGUGGUCAACAGCCGCCAUAUGGCGGCGGGCAGCCAUCUUAUGGUGGACCGCAACAGUCUCCUUAUGGUGGUGGUCAACAGCCUUCUUAUGGUGGCGGUCAACAACCUCCAUACGGUGGUGGCCAACAACCUACUUAUGGUGGCAUGCCACAUCCUCAGCCACAGUACAAUGGAGGCGCUGGCUUCCAACCUGGGCCUGGAUAUGGCCCACAAGGCCCAAUAAUUACGCAACCAGGAAUGGCACCACCAGAACAACCAAUGGGACAGCCAAUGAUGCAGCCGGGACAACCAAUGGGUCCAGCAGGCGAUUGGAUGAGUAUACCAGCCGGCAUACCGAAUUGUCCGCGCGGCUUGGAGUACCUUACGAUGGUCGACCAGCUUUUGGUUAAACAAAAAGUAGAAUUACUCGAAGCUUUCACCGGUUUCGAAACCAAUAAUAAAUUCUCCAUAAAAAAUGCGCUUGGCCAGAAAGUCUAUUACGCUGUUGAAGACAAUGAUUGCUGUACGCGUAAUAUGUGUGGCCCGGCACGUCCUUUUGAUAUGAAAAUUUUUGACAAUUUCCGCAAUGAAGUCAUCCAUUUGAAUCGUCCAUUGGCCUGUUCGGCGUGCUGUUUCCCCUGCUGCUUGCAAACAAUGGAAGUGUCGGCACCGCCGGGCAGCGUAAUUGGUACCAUCGAACAAGAAUGGAGCAUUUGUUCGCCAUCAUUUCUUAUUAAAAAUCAUAUUGGUGAUACGGUGUUGCGCAUCGAGGGGCCAUUUUGUACGUUUACAAUGUGUGGUGAUGUAGAAUUCAAGGUUGUUUCAUUAACCGGGGAGACUGUGGGGAAGAUCUCAAAGCAGUGGUCUGGUUUAGCACGCGAAUUAUUCACCGAUGCUGAUUUCUUUGGCAUUAAUUUUCCAAUGGAUUUGGAUGUGCGCAUGAAAGCGGUUUUAUUGGGCGCUACUUUCCUUAUUGAUGCCAUGUUCUUUGAGAAACAAGCAAAUCAAGAAACUGAUCGACCAGGCAUGUUUUAAAUCAGCUUCAGCAAAAAGAGAAGCGAACAAAUUAUUUAAUCGAAAAAUAUACUAAAAUUUAUUAAAAACGGAGCAACGGAUACAAUCUCUUCGAAAAUUUAUUUGAAACUACAUAUAAACAUUACUUCAAAAUGGAAUUCGAAUAUAUAAGAAUAAUUUAAGUUUUGGAUAGCAUUUUGCGCUAACUAGUCCACUUGAAACCAAAGUAAAAAAAAAAAAA